GCCACUAUGGAAUGACUGUAUAGUGUGGCAUACCACCCGCUUUUACUUCAAGCACAGACCAGCGGCGGCUGUGCGUGUUGCAGCACCUCCUAGAAGAUCCCCUAUUGGCUCUUUCUUAGGGGAAUGCGCUUGUUUUGACAACUCAUUUGAUUGUUGGAUAUGGUUUGAAAGGACGACACGGACUGCAGGUUAAACCGUUGAAUUCGUAACCGUUUCUACAUCUUGCAACCUAUGCAAAUCGGAUUAUUCUUGGUAGGCUAAACAUAGGAAUUGAGUUUAUAAACGCGCGUUCCUUAAAAAAAAAAGGGGGGGGGGGGGAGAUUGACUGGAUUGAAAUGACCAUGUCCGAGGAGAAUAUUUCGGGGUGUCGGGGGAAAGAGGAAGAGAGCGAGGAUGAGAGUGAAAUCUUGGAAGAAAGCCCUUGCGGUCGCUGGCAGAAGAGAAAGGAGCAGGUGAGUCAGGGGAAUGUUCCGGGCAUCGAGACUGCCUCACUGGCCAUGGACACAGAGGAGGGGGUGGAGGUGGUGUGGAACGAAGUGCAGUUCUCCGAUAAGAAGGUCUUCAAAUCUCACGAGGAUCGAAUGAGGGAGAUGUUUGAGAGCCUGAUGCAUGUAGAUCACCCCAACAUUGUCAAGUUCCAUAAGUACUGGCUGGACACCAGGGAGAGUCGGGCGAGGGUGAUCUUCAUCACAGAGUACAUGUCAUCAGGCAGUCUCAAGCAGUUCUUAAAGAAAACAAAGAAAAACCACAAGACCAUGAAUGUCAAGGCAUGGAAACGAUGGUGCACUCAGAUUCUGUCAGCUCUGAGUUAUCUGCAUUCCUGCCACCCGCCCAUAGUCCAUGGCAACUUGACGUGUGACACCAUCUUUAUCCAGCACAACGGACUCAUCAAGAUCGGCUCGGUGUGGCAUAGGCUGUUUGUCAAUGUUUUCCCAGAGGCGAUCUACGGAAAUGUGCAGCAUCAUCGGGAUGAUGAAACGAACCAGCACUAUUUUGCUCCUGAAUACGGCUUGGCUGAGGAUGUUUGCUCUAUUGACAUCUUCGCCUUUGGCAUAUGUACCCUGGAGAUGGCAGUAUUGGAGAUCCAGGCCAACGGGGACACUGUGGUAUCCAAAGAGGCUAUAACCAACGCUGCCCAGUCYUUAGAUGAUCCGCUCAUAAAGGAUCAGCUUCAUGAUAACUGCCUUGAAGAGAAGACCAGGACUUUCGACCCCAAUGGUGUGAUGGCUGAGAUCAAGCAUGGGGACCGGCCCGGGGUGGAGAUCAAGUACUCGAAUGUUUCGCCGCUAGAACUGGACAAAUUUCUGGAGGAUGUAAAGAAUGGGAUCUAUCCCUUGAUGAACUUCCAGCGGGGCCUCACCAUGCCCCGGACCUUGUCCAUCUUCCAGGAGCGCAUGGAGACAGUGAAGACUCCCAGCCCAGAGCCCCAGGAGAUGGAGACCAGAAAGGUUGUCCAAAUGCAUUGUAACUUGGAGUUCACUGAGGAAGGCACCAGAAGUCAUCUCUCUCUCCUCCUGAAGAUGGACGACAAGCUCCAACGGCAGCUAAACUGUGACGUUCUGCCGACUGACAGCUCCAAAGACCUGGCUAGUGAGCUGGUUCACUUCGCCUUCAUCAGUGAGGAGGACUGUGACAAGCUGGCGGGCUUUCUGGAAGACGCCCUGUGUAAGCAUUGGGCCGGGCCGCCAUUGGAGGAGUCUUCCCUGGCAUAGUGACGAUGUACCGACACAUGCUGCUGCCCCAAGGGGGAUCUGGACCCUGGGAAAACUACAACAAGGGAGGGAAAGAAAGAGAAUUUAAAGAAAGGGACAGAGGGAGGGAGGGGGGAUUAGUGGGGGAAUUUAAAGAGUGAACAUUCCAGGACUAGGAAGUGCCAGAUUUUUUUAUUUUUUAUUUUGUGAGGCUUGUAAGGGAAGAGAGCCAAGUCAGUUUGGCAAAUGUAAGCAUCAAGAAACGCUGUGUCAAAACAGAAGUGAGAAGCGAUCUCUCUUUCUACUAAACAGAAGUGCCAACCAACUCAAGCCAGAUAAGACUAUGCUAGGAGAGCUACUAUAUUUGGCCACUUCAAUGCCUCCGUCUCUCCGCACAGAUGAUGUCAAUGGCCUUGUUUAGAAUUAUAGCAAGAGACAGUGGACAAAGUAAGCAAUACGAGGAACAUAAAGGUCUUCAACAUUUACUGCUGCAUUGAGGCCUUUUUGUCCAUAAUAACCUAUUGGGCUACAUUUUACUCACGCAGCGCAGCCUUGGCAAUGACCCCAUAAAGAAAACUAAUAUAAAACUCUCACUAUCAUGCAAGGUGAGGGUACAGACACAUUGAGAUUUUGUGUUCCAAGAUUCCCGGAUUGAGACAAUGGUUUUUCAAUGGGGAGGUCAUCCUCUGCUUGAUGAAUGAUUGUCCAAUUAAAACGGCACAAUAUGUUCGUCCUCUACAUAUGCAACUCGUCCGAAAAAAAGUAGGGAUGUGUUAAACUUGUGAUAGACAAGAACGGACAAUGAUGUAGGUCAUAUACAAUUUUAUCCGUGUUCAUGCGUCUCUGUUAGGGUUGAAUAUUUUCCUGGUAUUUUCCAAAUAAAUCACUUUUCUCUGUGAUUAGAGCGACGAGAGAACAUGUGAUUCCGGUGCAGCACAUGCGUAUAGGUUAUAGGUUAGCGAAAUAGAUUUUAAUUUUGAAGUAUAAUGGGGCCUAUUUGUAUAAUUUAGUAGACUGACGCAUAUAUACCUUUAAAUAAUAUUUCCCCUAAUGUUAUUAGCAUAUAAUUUUUUUCCUUCCUUCCUCUCAACUGUUAAAUGAAAUACGUUUCGUUGUCCUUUAUUCUCAUAAUUCUAAAUGACAUCCUUGAACAAUAUAUGACUAGAAUUAGAUGCAGAAGGCUUUCACUUCUCUAAACAAAGAUAGAAUGGUCAUGGGUCUGAAUAAAUAACUCUCUAUAGCCUACYGACAUCGCGCGUUCGCUCUUCUUUCAAAUUCGUUCUACUGGCUGCUGUAUUUACCAUUCAGCAAAUAAGAGCUUCAGUACCUCUUCAAAUAGUCUAUUGGUAUAAGAAAUGCUUUAAAAAAAUGUCCAACAAGCUAUUCUAAUCUAGCUUCUCCUGCAUGGGACUCCAACAGCUAAGGACCGUUGUUUAAAUAGGCCAGCGGAGCACAGGUGUGUGCAUAUUGCGCAAGAGACAGAGGCUAUAAAUUAGAACCUAAUUAUGCAUAACCCGUCAUUAAUUAGCUAAAUAUAAGGCUAAUACUGCAUUGAAUGUAUUACCUGAAAGAGGUAGGCUAUGACAUCUAUAUAUAGGGCUAUAUAUCAAUCUAAAACAUGAUUAUCUAUUUUUGGAUGCAAUUUGAAUGGAGUUAGAGCGAGAAGGACUGUGAGGGCUCGCACAUGCACAGAUUUUAAAUCAAAGCUAUUCGAGUGAUAGGUUGUUUUUAAAACUGCAGCUGCAAUAAAAAAAUGUAUCUUUACAAU